AUGUCUAAACUUCUUGGUUUCAAGUUAGUUAUCCCAGAAGACCACGUCGUCUGGCCGAGUUGGGUGGUUUUAAAUACCCUCGUGGCAGCAGAGCUUGUGAAUUUGUCGCAACAAGUGGAAUUGCCAGCCGGUCUUCGGCGCGAACUUAUGCCUAAACAUGUCGGCUUGAUUCCGGAUGGCCACAGGAGGUGGGCCCAUCAGAGGGGUUUGUCGGUGCAACAAGGUCAUAGUACCAUUGGCCGGCGACUUACGGAGCUCACUCGUCUCUGUGACAAAUGGGGAGUUCAAGUCCUUACUGUUUAUGGUGUUUCUACCGAAACUUUGACUCGUCCCAAAGAAGAGCUUGAUUUUUUAGUGAGCAUAUUCGAAGAAUGGGUAAAAUCAAAUAUGGAGGAGUGGGCAAGGCAAAAUAUUCGGUUUUCUGUGAUCGGGAAUAAAUCGCCACUCCCUAGGUCUAUAGAGCAAGUAUUAUCUGAAGCAGAGGUGGCCUUGAAGGCAAAUUCAGGACUCCAUCUUAUGGUAGCGCUUGGUUAUGGUGGAAGAUAUGAGAUAUUGCAAGCUUGCAAAAGCGUGUCUAGCAAAGUAAAAGAUGGUCUUAUUCAACUGCAAGAUAUUGAUGAGAGCCUAUUUGAGCAAGAGCUGCAAACAAAGUGUACUAAAUUCCCCAGUCCUGAUCUACUUAUACGAACAGGUGGCGAAUGUAGAGUCAGCAACUUCAUGCUAUGGCAGUUGGCUUAUAGUGAAUUUUAUUUUUCUAAAACAUUUUUUCCGAAUUAUGGAGAAGCAGACUUUAUAGAGGCUCUAAGCUCAUUUCAACAAAGGCAAAGGCGAUAUGGUGGGCGUAGUUAG